AAGUACAUGUCUUGGCUGAAUGAAUACAGCCAACAGAAAAGAUGUGAAAUCAGGCCUGUGGAGUCAAUGAAACUGGAACAAACCGGUGCUACUCAAUGCUGUAUGUUCGUGGUUGGUGGUAAGGAGUAUCCAGUGGCCACUGGGAGAACAAAGAAGGACGCUAAGGAGGAAGCAGCCAAGCUUGUACAUCACGAGAUAUGUGGCAGUAAUACUACAGAGCUCCUGCCAGGAGAUCUUCCUCUUCUCCACUCCCCCCCAAGUCAUCCACUGCCCUUGCCUAUCGAGAGUUUCAACUCCACAUCACCUCAACGUGAGGAGGAAUUGAAUCAAAAUGUUUCGGAUAUCUGUGAGGCGACAAGACGCCUGAACUUUCAGGACAACUCUGCAGAGACAAAUUUUAUUGGACUUGUCAACAACUACUGUCAGAAAACAAACCGCUCCCAUACAUAUGUUUUCGAUCGGAGAAGUGGCACACCUGAUAAGCAUCUAUUUUUCUACAAAUUAAGGAUAGACCAAAAGGACUACCCUGUGGGUGAGGGUAAGACUAUCAAGAAAGCCAAACAAAAUGCAGCUCGGCAGGCUUGGUCUGCUCUCCAAGAACAGACCGACUGGGACAGCAAGGUGUCUGUCAGAUCAACCGAGGAAGGCGGACCACCCAUUGUUCCCGCCAUGGAGUCCAAUGAACCAGCAUCAUCAUCAUCAUCAUCAUCAUCAGCAGCAGUUGAAACAGGAGGCUCAAUCAUAUUCACAGAUUCAUCCAACUCUUCCCAUGAUCAGGUCAAAGACCAGAGUACUGGAAAUAGUCAGAAUGAAACAUCCAUCCAGUCAAGGUUUACUUCAGACUUUGAUACCAUCAAGCGUCUUGGCAGAGGAGCCUAUGGUCAUGUUUACAAAGCAAGACAUAAAUUGGAGGAGAAGGAUUUUGCUGUAAAGGUUGUCCGCUAUGAAGAGACAUCUCUUCGAGAGGUGGGGACAUUAUCAGACCUCCUCCACCAUAAUAUCGUCAGAUACUACAAUUCUUGGAAGGAGGAUUCAGAGUACCAGGGGGAUUCUGAAUCAACUGGCAGUUCAGCUGGUUACAGCUCUUUGCCGCCUCCAAGUAAUUCAUCGGCUAAUUAUCUCUAUAUUCAGCUGGAGUUAUGUGACACAAAGACACUUAAAGAGUGGAUUGAAGAGAAGAACAAAGAGUCUCUGCAAGUCUCCAAGAGAAGAGAAGAAGGCCGAAGCAUUGCUCAGCAGAUACUCAGUGGAGUCGAAUAUAUUCACUCCCAGAAGCACAUCCACAGGGACCUUAAGCCUGAGAACAUCCUGUUCGGUCUGGGUGGAGAAGUGAAGAUUGGAGACUUUGGUCUGGUCACCAAAGAUGAUGACGAUGGUGGUGAUUUGAUUGAAAGAACAAAGGAUAGUGGAACCCUAUCUUACAUGGCCCCUGAACAAGUUAAGAAGAACUACGACCGGAAAGUGGAUAUAUUUGCUCUGGGGUUGAUCUUCUUGGAACUCUUUUUUAAAGUCUCUAGUGGCCACGAAAGAGCAUUGAUUUUGAGCAAUGCCAGAUGUCAGAAUCUCCCCAAAGACUUUCCGCAGGAUUUUCCCCAAGAGAACCAUAUCAUGAAGUUAAUGCUGCAUGUGAAGCCAGAAGAACGACCCGAGGCGAGUGAAGUGAAGGCGAAACUGGAGGAGUGUGCAAAGCCGUUCAACGCACAAAAUGAGCACCAAAAAAAUGCAACCUUAUGAUUAUCACAAGGAAUUAUUAUGUUGAGCUCUGUGUGCUGGUGUCUGUGGUUUUAGCAAAUGAUUUAAAUCUACUCUCAUAUGAAUAUGAUGUUAUGAAUUGUUGUGGCUAAUUGGGUAUCGUGAGAUUCCAACGAAGCACUUCGCAAGGUCCAGGAGAAAGCGUAAAUGCUACUUGUUGUCGUUAGUUAAUUAACGUCAACCACGGUCUUUUAACCCUUGUGUUGCCUUCGGGUCAAUUUGACCCGAUUCAAUGUUUCACCCUCCUGUCGCCUUCGGGUCAAUAUGACCCGAUUCAAUGUUUAACCCUCCUGUUACCUUUAUAUUUACUAACAUAUUUUACCCUUGAGGUCAAUAUGACCCCAGCUAUUAAAAUCUCCAGAAAAUUAUUAGAAUUAAUAUUGUUUUCCAAGUUUAAGUGUGAGGUACUUUAUGUUUGUUUGUUGACUCCCGAAAGAACACCGACAUUAAACAUUGAAUCGGGUCAAAUUGACCCGAAGGCGACAGGAGGGUUAAAUAUUGAAUCGGGUCAAAAUGACCCGAAGGCAACACAAGGGUUAAAUAUCCUAAAUAGCUUUCUUGUAUCAACGUGUUACGAGUUGAAACUCAUACAUCGUCUAAUCCGACUAGCGAUGUAUGAAGAGCGGCGCGGUUUAAAGACGAGGGCAACAGGUGUUGGUAUUGUUGGAGUUGGCAGUCAUGAGGUCAAAUCAUGAGCUAUGCAAUUAAUUAAUGAGCAACCUAAUAAGGGUACCUAUUAUUAUGAGAUUCAGAAUCGGGAUGGAACACGAUUUAAUCAUUUUUAUUCUGAAAAGGUAACUUUUACAGUAAAUCACAUCUGUCUUUUGUGUGUAUUUUAAUCACGUGCCUUCCGUGUCCAGAUUUAACAUUUUAUUCAAUAUGGGAAAUUGUCAAAUGUCUUUAAAAUGGUGUUACAUUGCAACCUUUCCGUCGUAUUCAGAAACAUUAUGGUUCCCCACGGCAAAAAAACAACAUGCUUAGCAAGAUGUAAAAGGUUUUCUUUUCUUUUUUUUGCCUCAGAUUGUAAAAGCCCCUGAGGCAAAUGUGUGAUGUGUGAUAUGAGGCUAUACAAAUACAAUUGGGUCCAGAAGUUAAUUACUAUUUCCUGUUGUUACGUACGAGUCAAUAAAACCAGAUUAUUUUAAAACCCU